UCACUCUUUGCCCCAAAAAUUCUUGGCUCGUGCUCUUUCAUGUUCAUCAUUUUGUUUCAAUUUGGCCCUCUAGUGAAAUCGUGAUUGAAUAAAAAUAUCCUGAAUCAAAUUCAGGUGUAUUCAAUUGUGUUUAAGUUGUAUGUUUUUUAUUGGUUCUAUUGUGAUGACGUUAAAUUAUUAACUAAAUAAACUUAUGUCUACAGUGUUGAGUGUAAAAACUAAGCGUGUGAUUGUUGACAAUGUGGUAGACAACAAAAAAACUUCACGGGGUUUUCUGCAAUUAUCAAGCGUAGAUAACGAAGAGCUAAUGCCGUUGUGAACCAUUGACAAAUUAUGCUAUUGUACAUAUAGUAACUGUGAUCUCAAGUGUAUAAGUGUUAUAUAUCAUUCUGUGCUAGUGCAAGUUUAUGGUAUAGUAAGAGUGCCGAAAUGAGUUCGAAUAGUCUCAAACAGCACAUGCCUUUGCGGCAAAUCGACUUAGACCAGAUAUGGGGCGACCUCCGAGAAGGCAUAGAACAAGUUUACAAGAGACAGCACAUGGUUAAACAGAGAUACAUGGACCUAUACACUCACGUGUAUGACUACUGCACGUCUGUGCACCAGCAGAGCUCGAGCGCUGCGGGCGGCAGCCGGAGCGGCAGCAAUAGUGGCAGAAGUGGAUUCGCCGGGAAGAAAAUGAUCGGUCAAGUCCCAGGCGGUGCACAGUUGGUUGGUCUGGAGUUGUACAAGAGGCUAAGAGAAUUUCUCACCAUCUAUCUUAUAAACUUAUUGAAGAAUGGUUCGGAUCUGAUGGGCGAGGACGUGCUGGCGUUCUACACCAAGCAGUGGGAGGAGUACCAGUUCUCGUCGAGGGUUCUCAACGGCGUCUGCUCCUAUCUCAACAGGCAUUGGGUGAAGAGAGAAUGCGAGGAGGGCAGAAAGGGCAUUUAUGAGAUUUACCAACUGGCGUUGGUAACGUGGCGCGAUAACCUGUUCAAGUGCCUCAACAAACAGGUGACCAAUGCGGUGCUGAAGCUGAUCGAGAGAGAACGCAACGGAGAGACCAUCAACACCAGGCUCGUCUCCGGGGUUAUCAACUGCUAUGUGGCUCUUGGACUGAACGAAGAAGAGCCAUCUGCUCGUGGACAGACCCUUGCAGUAUACAAGGAGACAUUUGAAGCCAUCUUCCUCGAAGACACAGAGAGAUUUUACACGAGGGAAAGCACUGAUUUCCUGAGGAAUAACCCCGUCACCGAAUAUAUGAUUAAGGCUGAACAAAGGUUACAAGAGGAGCAGCGUCGUGUACAGGUAUACCUGCACGAGACGACGAUGGAGCGUCUCGCGAAGACCUGCGACCGAGUGCUCAUAGAGAAACACCUGGAGAUAUUCCACGCAGAGUUCCAGAAACUUCUGGAUGCCGAUAAGAACACGGAUCUGGGUCGAAUGUACAGCCUGGUGGCUCGGAUCCCAGAUGGGCUUUGUGAGCUCAGGCGUCUGCUGGAGCAACACAUUCACGCCCAGGGGCUGCAGGCUAUCGACAAGUGUGGAGACAGCGCGCAUACUGAUCCAAAGGUGUACGUGUCCACGAUACUGGAAGUACACAAGAAAUAUAACGCGCUCGUGUUGGUCGCGUUCAACAACGACUCGGGCUUCGUGGCCGCGCUCGAUAAGGCUUGCGGCAGAUUUAUUAAUAGUAAUGCGGUGACAAAGGCAGCGAACUCUUCGUCGAAGAGUCCCGAGUUGCUCGCGAAGUACUGCGACCUUCUGCUGAAGAAGUCCAGCAAGAAUCCAGAGGAGGCUGAGCUAGAAGACACCCUCAACCAAGUGAUGGUUGUGUUCAAGUACAUAGAAGACAAGGAUGUCUUCCAGAAGUUCUACAGCAAGAUGUUGGCCAAACGGCUUGUGCAGCACAUGUCUGCCAGUGAUGAUGCUGAGGCCUCAAUGAUCUCAAAAUUAAAGCAGGCCUGCGGCUUCGAAUAUACGAGCAAGCUGCAGAGAAUGUUCCAGGACAUAGGCGUAUCCAAAGAUCUGAACGAGAACUUCCGAAAGCACAUAGCCAACAGCAGCGAGGUUCCUCUGCACAUCGACUUCAGCAUCCAGGUGCUGUCGUCCGGCUCUUGGCCCUUCCAGCAGUCCACCUCCUUCCAGCUGCCAACCGAGUUGGAGCGCUCCGUGCACAGGUUCACGACCUUCUACUCGUCGCAGCACUCGGGCCGGAAGCUCAACUGGCUCUACAACAUGAGCAAGGGAGAACUCGUGACCAACUGCUUUAAGAAUAGGUACACGCUCCAAGCCAGCACCUUCCAAAUGGCAGUGCUGCUGCAGUACAACGACAACACGACGUGGACUGUCAGCCAGUUGGAGCAACACACCGGUAUCAAAGGCGACUUUCUUAUACAGGUGCUACAGAUAUUGCUUAAAGCUAAAUUGCUCGUGUGUCAAGACGACGAGAGCGAUCUCAACGAGUCUUCUGUGGUGGAUCUGUAUUUAGGAUAUAAGAAUAAGAAAUUGCGCGUAAACAUUAACAUACCGCUCAAGACGGAGCUAAAAGUGGAACAGGAGGCCACGCACAAACACAUAGAGGAAGACAGGAAGAUGCUCAUUCAGGCCGCUAUAGUCCGCAUCAUGAAGACGCGGAAGACGUUAAAGCAUCAGCAUCUCGUGGUGGAAGUCCUCAAUCAGCUAUCUUCGAGGUUUAAGCCCAGAGUUCCCGUUAUCAAGAAAUGUAUCGACAUAUUGAUAGAGAAAGAAUAUCUGGAACGCACCGAGGGUGAAAAGGACACAUAUAGCUACUUAGCGUGAUCGCAUACCGUAUAACUAAAUAAAUGUAACGAUAUUAUUACAUAA